ACCAAAUACACAAACACAACAUAAACAAGCACGCACGCUCUCCAUUACUGUUUCGUCUAAGACAUGUGUAUAUGUAUGUAUUUUAAAAUUUCUUUGUAAUCAAUCGACUGAACUGAUUCACCUACAAUAGAGAAUUUUUGUGAUAACCAUAAUAUAAAUCUAAGUAUCAACAAUUAACCCUACAACAAUGGAUAGAGAUAGAAAAAUUUCGAAUUUGCGGUUCAAUCAAGAUUACGGCUGCUUUACUAGUUGUAUGGAAACUGGCGGAGUUCGCGUAUAUAAUGUAGACCCACUUUGUGAGCAAGCAAGUAUUGAUGUGCGAACAAUAGGAACUAUUUCUAUAUGCGAAAUGGUUUAUAGGACAAACUUAAUUGGCAUGGUAUCUGGUGGAUGUCGUCCCAAAUAUCCUGAUACUACUUUUUUGGUUUUUGAUCAUAUACUAAAUAAAUUCAUUUUAAGGCUGAAUUUUUCCCAUUCCAUCAAAGCUGUUCGCAUGAAAAAGGAUAAGUUGGCUAUAUCCUUAGUGAAAAAAAUAUAUAUUUAUUCUUUUCCUAAAAUGCAAAUAUUGAUGUGUAUGGAUUUGAGGCAUAACAGCCAAGGAAUCUUAGAAAUGACUCCAAUGCUAAAUAGCGAAAGAGAUAUUGUGGUUUUUCCUGGAUGUGAAGUUGGAGCUUUGCAAAUGGUCUAUAUCAAAAGUACUGAAGUAACACAAUCUUCAACUCCAAUAUCAAUGAAAUGUCAUACCAAUGAACUUUCCUGUAUAGCUUUAAAUCAAGAUGGAUCAAAGGUGGCAACAACAUCUGAAGUAGGCACCAUAAUAAGAAUAUGGGAUACUGCCACCACAGAGCAAUUGUUGGAAUUGAGAAGAGGUUGUGACAGUGCCCUGAUUUAUUCUUUAGCAUUCAGUUCGGAUUCUGAAUAUCUUUGCUGUUCAAGUGAUAAGGGAACAGUACAUAUAUUUGCCAUUAGUGAUACAAAAUUGAAUAAAUCUAUGGUAUUAGGUAGGUUCCUUGGUAAGAUGGGAGGUCCUUUAAAAUCUUUUGCCACGUUCCAACUUCCACCAGAAUGUGCUUGUGUAUGUGCAUUUGGCACUGACAAUUCAGUUGUAGCUAUUGGAAUGGAUGGAAGUUUUAAUAAAUAUAUGUUUAAUAUAGAUGGCCACUGUGUCCGUGAUGUAUAUGAUAUAUUUAUAGAUCUUGUGGGUACUCAUAUGCGAAGCUGAUUUAAAUAAUAUUUGAUGUUACCUCUCUAUUUUCUCAUAUAAAAGCCGUGGUGCUAAUUUUAUGAUAUUUUUGUUUUUCUAAAUAAGAGUAGAUAAUGUGUACAGUUUCUAAACUUUUUUAUUAUUGCAUAAAAAAAAUAUACAAUUACAAUCCAA